CGUCAUCAUUUACUUAUACGUCAUCUGUCACGAUUUUUGUUUUUAAUGUAAAUUGUAAUUUUCAUUAAAAUAUAUAAUGAAAAGUGACUUUCUAUAGGUUUAUUUUGUGUAAAUUAAUCUUAUUUAAACCUUAAACGUAAUGUAAAAUAUAAAUCUAAACAUUACAUACAGUAAUAUACAUUCAGAGGUAAUCAGUACAAAUCCUGGAAUAAAUAAUUUCGAGUUUCCUUUGACUUGUGGUCUAGAAUGCAAUGCUCCCUCGUCGUCGUAACGUUGGUUUAUCAGAAAGAACGCCCAAAGCGCAGGAUGAAUUAAUUCCCUAUGAUAAGUUGAACAAAAACGGAUCGACUUUUCAACAGACCGUCUUUCGUAACUCGGGUGAACAACAUCAACCCGGGUUUGCCGAGACUGAAGUUAGAUUCGAUUUUUUAGAAGAGAUAGUUUUUGAAACAGUGAUGGCUGCUAGGGAUCGGACACAAGAAUUUAUAUCUACCGUGAGAAGUCUUCAAGGACGUACAUUAGCACGCCCAGUUGUCAAAGAUGACAGAAAAGCUGCUGUUCUAGCAACAUAUUCUCAAUUUAUGAGUAUGGCUAAAGUAAUAAGUAAAAACAUUACUAGUACCUAUACUAAGUUAGAAAAACUGGCUCUAUUGGCAAAAAAGAAAUCUUUGUUUGAUGAUAGACCUAUGGAGAUACACGAGCUAACAUACAUUAUUAAGGGUGAUUUGAACUCCUUGAACCAGCAGAUUGCUAGGCUGGGGGAAAUGCCAAGAGGUCGCAAAAGUAUGCACAGUCACUCUUCAAGUGUUGUCCUCGCUCUGCAAUCAAGGCUUGCUUCUAUGAGUAACCAGUUUAAACAGGUCCUGGAAGUGAGGUCAGAAAAUCUUAAGCAUCAGAAUAAUAGAAGAGAACAGUUCUCAAGUAAUGCACCGAUAGUUAAAGAAGUCCCUUCUAUAUUACAACCUGAAGAAGUCAGUAUAGACCUUGGUGAAGAUUCCAGUUUUCAGACACAGCAGAUGGUACUGAGGGAUGAUACUGAUACAUAUGUGCAACAAAGAGCUGAAACAAUGCAUAAUAUUGAAAGCACCAUUGUGGAAUUGGGAGGAAUAUUCCAGCAAUUGGCACAUAUGGUAAAAGAACAAGAUGAAGCUAUUGGCAGAAUUGAUGCCAACAUACAGGAAGCUGAAAUGAACGUAGAAGCAGGUCACAGAGAAAUAAUGAAAUACUUUCAGAAUAUAACGGGCAAUAGAGCACUGAUGUUUAAAAUUUUUGGCGUACUGAUAUUCUUUUUUAUAUUCUUUGUUAUAUUUAUGGCUUAGUAAAGGUCACAUCUAAAUAAUAGUUGAUUUAACUUUGAAUUAUACAAUACAGCUAUAUUUGAUGAACACACCCACACAGUAACUAUUUCCUCAUAGGCAAUUUAUUUUCAUACAUCAAAAUAUUUUAAAUAAUAUAAGAUUUAUGUCAGGAUUUAAAAAAAACUGAUCAAGAG